AUGGGAUCGCCAGCGCCAGCUGUCGUCACAGACUCCGCUCGGCCGGAGCUCGGCCAGUUUCUCCGCGCCACGUGCGACUACUCCGAGGGCGACCUGGUUCUGUCCGAGCUGCCGCUUCUCCGCGUCCCGCGGCUUCGGCGCCUAACGGCCGAGGCCGUGCAGAAGGCCCCAAAGCUGCGGCAGGCGGAGCUUUUCGUUCCCCCGGAAAGCACUAGUCCGGCACUACAGCGGUUGCGGGCAACCACAAGAGAGGCAGAACCUGAGGCGCUCUUCGUGAAGUCCGUGCUACACUUCAACUCCUUCGGCGCCGGGCCAGCGGGUCAGGACCAGGUGGUGUUCCCGACUUUGGCCAGAGCGAAUCACUCCUGCCUCCCCAACUGCCUGGUGGAUGCAGACCUUGGCACUUUGCGUGCUGUUCGGGCGGUGUCUGUUGGGGAGGAGCUCACGGUGUCCUACUUAGAUGAUGCCGGACUCUUGAUGGACACCGCGUCACGCCAAGCCGAGUUGGCCGAGCGGUACGAGUUCAGGUGUGAAUGCUGCCGCUGCUCCUCUGCCCAAGACGACACCAGAAGAUUUUCUGGAUGUUUGGAAGGCGACCCCUCCGAUCUCGUUUUUGGCAGCGACCUGUGGGGACAGGCGCCGUCGACGGUGCAGCAGCGAUUGCUGGAAGAAGAGGCGAAGGCCAAGGCAUCCCUGCUGGCAGCGAGAUCUGGAGACUUGGAAGAGGAGGAUGAGGGCCACGAGCUGAUGAAGUGCCACAGGUUUACAUCUGCUCACCGGCACCACGGGCUGGCCUUCGCCCUUGCGAAUGAGUUUGCCUUCCCUGAUCCCGAGGAUGCUAAGAAGAUCGUGUUGGAAGUCAUCGACCUUGUCCUUGCCAUGCCCUGCCAGUUCCGAAGCUGCAAGACAUGGCCAGGCUUUAGAAGCAGGAAGCCAAGCUGUGGAGCAAACGCCGCUUAG